AACCAGUGUGGAUGAGAUCUGGCAAGCAAAGGCCCUGGUCCAUGGAGCACCAAGCAAAACUCUGCACCCACCACAUGCAACAAAGCCACCAAAUCUGCACAUUGCAAUUCCAUCUGUCCCUCUUUUCCCCAACAGCACAUCAUUGGUGCCCAAAGGCGUGCAAACAAAAAAAAAUACAGGUUCCAUUCCAAAAUCAGCAACCUUUAUUGGGAUUUAGGUCCCAUUAGGACCUAAACCAUCCCUACUAUUCCUAAUCUCACAUGUAACCUAAGGGUGAGUAAUAAGAACAAAAGAACAGCCCCGAUCAAAUAGUUUUGCUGGUCUUUUCAGAAUGUCUGCCGUCCAAAAAAGCCCAACUGAAUCAGGUGCCAUCUUGCCAAAUAAGUUGGUGGCCUUAUCUUUACCAGCAGCUUCUUUGCAGGAGUUAUAAGAGGGGUCUUCGGAGACGCUCCACAUCAGAGCUGAAUUGUUGCUUCUGGUGAACAGUCCAUCACAAGAUGAAGAAAGGCAUCCUUGCACUGUCUCUCCUCUUCCUCCUCACCCUUGCCUCCCAGUGUUCAUGGUGUGCAGCUGAGGGAAGCGCCAGACUAUCCGCAGGGCAUCGUCUCAGGCCUCAUCUCCAGAUACAAGAAGAAUUGCAUGGAAAGAAGGACCUGGAGAUCCAGAGCCCCAGCAGGAGGCCUGGGUUUGGGCACGAGGCGAGCACGGUGGAGAUGAAGCAUCACAGGAGGAUGGUCACCGGGCACAAGGGCGGCAGCAUGGGUGGAGGAGCCGGCGCCGGCGGCGCCGCCGCGGGCGCGGGUGGCCGGACCGUGGGCGGCGGGGGCGCCGUGACGAGGCCGCACAACAACAAGAACGGCGCGGCGGCGCUGCCGGUGCCGGUGGCGUCCGUCCUGGCGCUGGCUCUCGGCUGCGGCGUUGCUCUUUCAGCCUUCAGCUUCUGAAGCUAUUUGCUGUCUAUAGAGCUGAUAUCAGUAUCUGUGAGUUCACAUUAGUGGUGUGCUAAUUUCUCGAUUUGUUUGUUAUUACAGUGUGUAAUGUGCAACGGAGUAUCUGUCAGUAUACUUCACAAAAGUGUUCAGGACCGUUCGUCAUGUCCACUUGAUUCUUCUGAUUUCA